CAUGGCGGCCUCCUUGCGUCUGGGUCGUCAAGGGAUUUUAUUUGGCUUUCGACUAUCUAGUACUUUUGACAGAUGUGUAUUGGCCACGCACCCAUGUCAGGAGAACGUCAGGCACUUCUUUCGGUCGCCAUGGAUCCUCGGUGUCAGCCCAGUCAAAGUGGAAAUGCCUGCACUCUCACCCACCAUGGAGGAGGGAAGCAUAGUUAAAUGGCUGAAGAAGGAAGGGGAGGCGGUGGCAGCCGGCGAUGCCCUUUGUGAGAUUGAGACCGACAAGGCUGUCGUUACCAUGGAAUCUAACGAGGAUGGAAUCAUGGCAAAGAUAUUGAUGGAGGAGGGAAGUCGCAAUGUGCCCCUGGGCACUCUAAUUGCCCUCAUGGUGGAUGAAGGGCAGGACUGGAAGCAAGUUGAGAUGCCUCGUUUAGAGGCUGCUCCCCCUGUGGCUCCCUCUCCAGUCCCUCCACCAAAACCAGCCACAUCAGGACCGUUACGUCUGAGUCCUGCAGCAAGACAUAUCCUGGACUCCCAUGGCAUAGACCCAAAACUGGCCACACCCACUGGACCAAGAGGACUUAUCACCAAAGAAGAUGCAUUGAAUCUGUUGAAGACCUCUCCUGCCCCCAAAGCAACCCCAGCCAUGGCUGCCCCGACUUCUGCCCCGACUUCUGCCCCGACUUCUGCCCCGCCCCCAGCAGCUACCCCUCUGCCCCCAGGCAGCAGGCCCAACAUACCUCCGCUCUCUGUACCAGGGAAACCAGGAGCACCGGGCACUUUCACAGAAGUCCCAGCCUCAAAUGUUCGUCGUGUGAUUGCUCAAAGGCUGACGCAAUCCAAGACCACCAUCCCCCAUGCGUAUGCCUCGGUUGACUGCGACAUGGCUGCCGUCAUGCACCUCCGCAAAGACUUGGCCAAAGAACAGAUCAAAGUAUCAGUUAACGAUUUCAUUAUCAAAGCAGCUGCCGUUACACUUAAAGAGAUGCCAGAAGUGAACGUGACCUGGUCUGGCGACGGGCCCCGUGCACUUGAUUCAGUCCACAUUUCAAUCGCAGUGGCGACUGACAGAGGCCUCAUUACCCCCAUCAUCAAGGAUGCUGCAGACAAAGGAGUCCAGGAGAUCUCAGCUAAUGUUAAGGCACUGGCCCAGAAGGCUCGAGAUGGGAAACUACUGCCAGAGGAGUACCAGGGAGGCUCAUUCAGUAUAUCUAACCUGGGGAUGUUCGGUAUCAGCGGCUUCAGCGCCGUGAUCAACCCUCCUCAGGCUUGCAUCCUGGCCAUCGGGACCUCCAGGUCCGAGCUGCGACUGUGCGAGGACGAUCAGACCCUGAGCACCCAGCAGCUGAUGACGGUGACGCUCUCCAGUGAUGGACGACUGGUUGAUGACGAAUUAGCCUCGAGAUUUCUCGAUAAAUUCCGCGGCAACCUAGAAAAACCGCAACGCAUGGCCCUCGCCUAAAAGACAAAGUGAGAUCGCCGUAUGAAAGAGGCUUGAAGGAAGAAAGCAACAAUGCAAGAAACUCCUGCAUUAGCCUGUCUCGUGCUUUCACAAGCCGAGAGCUCUUAAAACGUUGUUUCCUGCGCGUGCGUUCCAUUAAGGCUUACAAAAGUAGGCUGGUGCAUUGUAUAAAAUAGAUUUUGUGGCCUGCUUCUGAUGGAUAACCACCAGGCUUUGUGAUGGAGCCGUGAAACUGGGCUUCUGCUAGAGAGGAAGAGGAAGGAGCAGUGGUGCCAAAUAUAAACCGAAGUUGGAGAGCGGGGUGCAUCCCACAUAAUGUAAUAGCGGUCGUUCUAUCACACCAGUGUUGUGUAUAUAUGAAGGUAUUCUUCCACUUUAAGUUCUUUCUUUCAGCCCCAGGGCAGCUAGUCUGUGUCACUAGUAAUAGUGGUCCUGUAAGCGAUGGUAUUUAUCACUGAUGGCAGUGCAGUUUCUAAUAAGGCUGAACUACGUCAACCAUUUACUAUCGUUACAGAAUUCAAGAGCUUAAUUAGCCGUUCAUGUUCAUACAUUUUAACAUAUUUAAACGGAUACCUUUGACAUCCCUGAAAACAAAUUUCCUAAAUUCAUGUGCAUACAAAAUAAAUAAAAUCAUUAUGGUUGUUGGUUUCCUUAAAUAAAACAAUUUGUUCAACCGUGAAA